UGAACAUCCCCUACCCAGGCAAUAAUCUCAUCUGAAAAUCUGUAGGUGCGGAGAGGGUUCAACCUCCCGUCAUUCGUAAGGGAGGGAGGCUGCAGAGACAGAGACAACCAGGGCGACUGUGGCACCUCCUUGGCUGAGAUUCACCCUGGACUCUUGAAAUUCUUUAUUUAUUGCAAGAUUUGAAAACAAUGCAGUUAGAGAACAUCCUUCCCAGCGCUAAUAUCAACUUACCCAAGACCUUUUACAAUCUGUCCUCGUCGGACAGCGCUAACAACAGCCCCAGGCCAUCGUCGCAGCUUGAAUAUCAAGACGUAGACCGGACGGAAUCAGAGUCCAGCAACGCUCCUAAGAAGUAUCUGAGCGGGGUGGGAAACGGGAUGCUUGGCGAGGGAGAGGGGGACACUUUCACUAAAGCCGGGCCCGAUGGGAGGAAAGGCUCCCCGGUGCUGGGUGAGGACGAUUUGACGAACGGUCGCCGGUACAACAUAGAUGAACUUGGCUCUGACAGAUACUUCAUCUCGUCGUCCCAGGCGAGUUCAGACAUGGCAAGCCCCUGUUCACUCUUUCCUUACGCAGGACAGACCGGGUCAGUGUACACCGGGUCAAGCAGCUCCAGGUACCCGGCUUCACUACAUUACGGAUCCGUCCUGCCGCCGACAGGCUUCUCCUCUUCCUCCGUGUGUACGGGUCGGAGCCAGUUUAGCAGCGGAGGGUAUCAGUUCAGUCAGGGUCCGGGCUGUUUGUAUCCCUCCUAUCCCGGGACAGGGACGGGUAUUGGCUCCAUGUCUCUGCCGGGGUCUGCCGCCGGAGCCAGAGCGCAGGUCUAUCUGUGCAACCGACCUCUGUGGUUGAAAUUCCACCGGCACCAGACCGAGAUGAUCAUCACCAAGCAGGGCAGACGGAUGUUUCCAUUCCUCAGUUUCAACAUCACUGGACUCAACCUCACAGCGCAUUACAAUGUCUUUGUGGAAAUUGUUUUGGCUGACCCGAAUCACUGGCGCUUUCAGGGCGGAAAGUGGGUCACUUGUGGAAAAGCAGACAAUAAUAUGCAAGGUAACAAGGUGUAUGUUCAUCCUGAAUCCCCAAAUACCGGUGCUCACUGGAUGAGGCAAGAAAUCUCUUUUAGCAAGUUGAAGCUGACCAACAAUAAAGGAGCCAACAACAACAACACACAGAUGAUAGUCUUGCAGUCACUUCAUAAAUAUCAGCCGCGGUUGCACAUUGUGGAGGUGACAGAAGAUGGAGUGGAGGACAUGAGCAAUGAGGCCAGAACUCAGACCUUCACCUUCCCAGAAAACCAGUUUAUAGCUGUCACAGCUUAUCAGAACACAGAUAUUACACAGCUAAAGAUAGAUCACAACCCAUUUGCAAAAGGCUUCCGGGACAACUAUGACUCGAUGUACACAGCUCCAGAGAGUGACAGGCUGACUCCAUCUCCUACAGACUCGCCGCGCUCUACCCAGAUUGUGCCCGGAGCCCGCUAUGCCAUGCAGCCUUUCUUUCAGGACCAGUUUGUCAACAACCUGCCUCAGAACCGAUUCUACCCUGGCGAACGCGCCGUUCCCCAAACCAACAGCCUUCUCUCCCCGCAGAGUGAGGAUGCCAGUGCAGCUGCCUCUGCCCAGCGCUGGUUUGUCCCCCCAGUUCAGCAGCCGGGCUCCAACAAGUUGGAUCUGUCAUACGAGAAUGACUAUUCCACAAGUAGCCUGCUGUCGUACGGCAUUAAGCCCCUGUCCCUGCAGACAUCCCAUGCUCUCAGCUACUACCCAGACUCGGCCUUCGCUUCCAUGGCUGCAGGCUGGGGAACCAGAAGCUCUUACCAGCGCAAAAUGACCACAGGCCUUCCCUGGUCCCCUCGUCCAAGCCCCCCAGCCUUCCCGGAGGACCAGCUGGGGGCAACUAAGGAAAAGCUGCCUGAGGAGAACGCGCCACCCACCUCAACCUGGAUUGAAACGUCCCACUCACUGAAAUCAGUGGACUCUGCUGAUUCUGGUGUGUACUCCAUGGUGUGCAAGAGGCGCAGGAUGUCCCCAGGGGGCUCAAGCACAGAGAACUCCCCAACCAUCAAGUGUGAGGACUUGACCACGGAGGAGUACAACAAGGACAACCCAAAAGGCAUGGGUUAUUAUGCAUUCUACACAAGCCCCUAAGACUCUAUUUAUUUAAACUAAAUAUAAAUCUUUCGUUUUUAUUGAGUGAUCUCCAUUCCUUGUUAAUGUCUUUUUUCUCUUUUCUCUAAAGGUGCCAAAGCUUAGUGUUCCCCCCAAGCAAGCUGCACAAGGUUUUUUUCCCAGGCCAGCCCCUCCCACAUACCUGAGCAGAAACAUGCAUAGUGAUUGUUGUUUUUAAAAUUAAAAGCAUGUACCAAUUAAUUCCUUUAUUUUUGCAACUUUUUUUGACAGAUGUGAUUUUUUUCCCCCUCCCGUCCCCCAUGCAUAUUUAAGUCAUUUUUGUUGUACAGUAUUUGUGCACUUUAGAAUGUGAUGUAUCUUGUACAAAUUGUCUUCAUGGAGGUGUUAUUAAAUGGAUAAUAAAACAGCUUUUCAUGAAGCGCUGUUCAAA